AUGGUCUCCUACUUCUCUUUGAUUGCUUUGACCGUCUUCAGCGCAUUCUUUGCUGUCUUCUCCUUCGCAGUCUACCUCUUUACUCCACCCCGUAACUUUCCUAAGAACAUUCCCACGAUUCCUUUCUACUACGCCCUCUUACCUCUCUUCAAGGACGUAGAUCAAACCGAGCUUUACCGCCAAUACCUAAAGGGGCCUCUGGAAAACUACGGCGCAGUCAAUCUCUUCUUCGGCGGACGAUGGAAUAUCCUCGUGCGCAAGCCUUCCUUCGUCGCCGAACUCUUCAAAUACGAAGAUAUCUACGCAAAGAGCGGAAAUCAGAUCAAGAUUCCACACAGUCUGGUGGCCGAUUAUACGGGCGAGAACAUCAUCUCGGCGCACGGUGCGAAAUGGAAGCUCUUUACUUCGGUUAUCAAGCCGGCGUUGCAGCAUGAGCAGGAUCCCACACUCAUCUGGCACAACGCUAGGAUAUUGAAGAACAUGCUGCUUGCGGGUUCCACAAGGUCUCCCUCAGGCAUUCCUGUCUAUGAUCCGUUUCAGCGAUAUGCACUUGCCAAUCUGUCCGAGGUGCUCUUCGAAUCGAGUUUCGAGACGCUUCAGAAGUCGGACGCGCCGCUACAUGUCCUCCAAACGCAAAUCAAACCCAAGAUAUUCCAACCCGUUUUCCUCAAUUUCCCCUUCCUAGACCGCUUCAAUCUCAAAUCCCGGCAAGACGGCCGUCAGCUUGUCCGCAAGUUCAGGGCCCUAUUAUCCAGCAUCGUCGCCCAAGGCCAUAAGCACGUCUGCGAUCCCGAGUCCGACAGACUGGCUUGCCGAUUGUUCGGUGCCCACCGCGAAGGCCUCCUCUCCGAUAAGAAUUUCCAAGACAAUCUCGCCGUCACUUUCCUCGCCGGCCACGAGAACCCACAGCUGGCGCUGAUGUCACUCAUGUGUCUUUUGGGCACGCAUCGCGAUGUUCAAGAACGACUCCGCGCAGAACUGAAUACGCGAUUUCCCGAAAACGCACACAAGGACUUCGAGCCCCCGUAUACCGACAUCCACAACCUCCCCCUCCUCACAGCCGUCAUCUACGAAACCCUUCGCCUUUUCCCACCCCUCUCGCAGAUCUGCAAUCGCCGCACCAGCGCUGCCACCGUGCUGGGCGGCACAAUUGCUGUCCCUGCUGGCGUCUACUUGGGUUAUCACGGGUAUAGUACGAACCGCGACACGGAAUUCUGGGGCGCCGACGCCGACGCGUUCAAACCUGAGCGCUGGGGCGAGAAUAUAGAGGAUAUCACCCAGCUGCAUAGACGGGCUACUGCCAAGGGCGCUUUUAUCAGCUUCCACGGUGGGAGGCGAGCGUGUCUGGGACAGAAGUUUACGAUGGAGCAGCUGCGCAUUACGAUGGUGGAGUUGCUUAGGGGGGUGAGGUGGAGCGUGGAUGAGAGUUGGGAUGGGAGGAUGACGCCGGCCGGCCCGCUCUACCCGCGGAACCUCAAGCUCGUUUUCGAGGAGCUGGACGAUGCGUCGCCGUCCGCAGCCGCAGUAGACGAGGAUAUGUGA